AUGGAGCUUUCCCUAUUUUAUUUCGCCUUUAUUCCAUUUAUACUAUUAUCCGCAGCUGAUCCAACAGAAGUUGAUUCACAAUGUUCAUUACCACGUCGUUUAUUAUCGUUUGGUGGAUUUAACUCACCUUCAGCAGAGAAAAAAGCUCAUUCAAUUUCUACAUCGUCAAAAUCGUCAGCAGCAUCGCCACCAAAAUAUGCUCGUACAAUUGAUGCUCACGGGCUGACUGUUUAUGUUCAACCUGAAACAUCCAAGGUAUUUGGUCAAAAAGCUCGUUCAUAUACACAUUUGCUUAAAUCAAAAUCACACGGAAACGAAGAAAAAUUAAAACUAAAACAAUCACAAAUAGAAAAGAAGAAACAAUUAAAAAAGAAAAAACAAUUAAAAGAGAAAAAACAAUUAAAAGAGAAAAAUUCUACGCAAUAUAAAUCAUCUGGUUCUACUAAAACACAAGGAUUAGUAGUUGUUAAUGAUGAUGACCUUCAUCGAUGUGAAACAUUACUUCGUAUUGAUUCAACGCCUAAAGUUGAUAAGAAAAGUAAACAAUUAAAAACGUCAAAAUCAAAUCAAACCAAAAUAAAGUCGCCUAAAAUCAAAAAUUCUAUUAAUGAAACAACAAAAACUGUUACGAAAAACGCUGCAGCUGCAAGUAAACCUUUACCUGUAGAUGAUAAAAAAGAAAAAAUUUCGAAAAUCAAUAGUAAAACUAAUCCGGACGAAAAGAAAAAAUCCAAAAGCCCGUUAGUUACUAAAACGAAUGAGGAUGUACCUCUCACUCCAUUUGCUAAUAAUAUACCGAUAAAAACGACUUCUUCUCCUCCAAAGCCAACAAAAAAUAAAAAAUUUCAAGAAGCUGUACCAGAAACAGUGAAUACAAUAAAUGAAACAACUGAAUCAUCAAGCGCACAUGCCGACGAUGAUGAUGAUGAAGAACAACAUGUUUCAGUUGUUGGUCGAGCAUAUCAUUUUGUUAAAAAUGUAUUUCAAUUAUCAGAUGAUGCUCUUAGUGAUAAUCAUACUCACAAAAAUCCAAUAAUCGACUUAGCAAACGAACAUCAACAAUAUCAGUCUCGAAAAUUACUUUCAAUUGAUGAUGAUGAUGAUGAUGAUGAUGUACAAUCUAUGAUUAUGAAUAAUGACAAAAGCGAUGAUGAGUUUGAUCUUUAUUCAAAUGAUAAAAAUUUGAAUCCAAAAACUGAUGAUGAUUUAUCAUUUGUAGUAGCAAGUAUAUCCAAGCGUCAUCUACUUUCUGCCAAAACAAAGAAACAGUCGAUGUCAUCAAAAUCGGCUAAUGAAAAUGAGAGUAAAUCAGAUCCAGGAAACAAUGUGAAUAAGCCAAAAGUCGGUUGGGCGUACCGUUAUCGAAUAUCACGUUAUAAUGAUGCUCAAAAAGCGCAACAAAAUAAAAAUAAAAUAAAAGGAGAAGGAAAAUCUAAACAUUCCCAACAGCAACGACAACCAAAUUCAAAGCGAAAACUCCUUGAAUAUGAUAGCGAUCAAGAUUCAAGUUGGGAUGAUGAUCAUCUAUCUAGCCAAAAUACUGCCAAUACCGUAUCAAUUACCGAAACAUUUGUACCUAAACGUCAAUUACUAAAAUCUAAGCGCAAAGAUAAAGAUGAAGAAACUACCAGCAAGAAUGAAAAAGACUCCGAUAAAAUAUAUAAAUUUCGUCGAAUGAAAUCGUUAGAAGAAUCUACAGAUCCUAUACUUAUCGUUCAGUCCUAUGAUAGCGGUUUAUAUAAACCUCGCGUUGGUUGGCAAUUUCGUUAUCGAGUUUCUCGCUAUAUUGAUUCAUUACGUGAAAGUAUCCGUGAAGAUCAAGAACGCUUAAAAUUAGGUCUACAAGCUAUCAAACGUAAAACACCACAAGAAUUAAGUGGUAGACGUAAACGUGUUUUAGAUAAACCAUUUGCUUCUGAUCCAAGUGAAUCGAAAAAACAACCGGAACAAAAAAUAAAUGCACAAGAAAAUAAACCUAAUGUUGGUUGGCGCUAUCGAUAUCGCAUUAAUAAGAUGGUCGAAGCGAAAAAACGCGGCGAUUAUGUAGAUGAUGAAAAAGAAAAACGUGAAGAACGUAUUAAAGAAAAAAUCAAACCCAUCAGUCCUAUUAAACAUAAAGAUGAUGAAAUUAUUAAAGGAGAAAAUGAACUUGAUCCUGAAUUACGUCAAGUCAAUGAUGAAGGUCGCCGUGUAGGCUGGGCAUAUCGUUAUCGUAUUCGUCGUAAACUUGAUCAUUUGAAACAACAACAAACAGAAAGUGGUAUAGCACUCGAUUUAGCCACAUUAAGUACUAAAUUUGACAAAAAAGUUGCUGAACCAAAACCAAAGCUCAAACCAAAACCAACAGAAAAGAAAGUCAUUGAACCCAUUGUAGGAAUACAAAAAAACAAUACGAAAUCUGUGGGUUGGCAAUAUCGUUAUCGUGUAUCGAAAAUGAACGAAGCACUAAAACAGAAUAAAUCAAAAACGUCAAAAAAUAAUAAUCAAGAUCAAACAUCAACUCAGCCAAAACUCGAUUCUGAUUUAUCAAAACUUACACCAGAAGAACGAAGUGUUGGAUGGAACUAUCGUUAUCGUAUUCGACGUAAACUUGAUUCAUUAAAAAGUGCUGAUCAUCGUGACAAUGAAAAACAUAGUAGAAAACGACCAUCGAAAAUAAAAACUCCCGACAAUGUAAAAGAAUCGAUUGAAAAAAUUCUUAAUAUAGGUGAUAUUCAUGAAACACCAUUUAUGGAAUAUUUUCGUCGUGCAUCAUCUCGUGUUGUAUUUGGUCUAUUACCAGCCGCUAAAAAAUCUAUUUGCAUUCUGCCAUUACCUAUGACAUUUUCUUUUUGCGAAGAAAAAGAACACGAUGAUCAAUCAGUACAACCAACAGAUAAAUCCCAAAAAAUUAAAAUUAAAAAACUAAAAACAAAAAAGGAACAUCGCGCAAAACAAUUUAUUCGAUCUCAUAGAACGAUAUUAGGUGCCAAUGAUAAGGAUACAGAACGGCGCGUUGAUGAAACCAUGAGAACUUUAUAUAAAAAACCAUCGUUACCACCUCUACAAACACCAGUAUCGACUCCAAGUAAUGAGAAAUCUCCGAAACCAAAACGAAAGCAACAAUCAGAAAAACCAAAUUACAAUGAACAAAAAAAUCAUUUUCAUGAAGAACAUUCAACUAAGAAGAAGAUUGGAAUUGAAACAAAAAACAAUAAAAAUAAAAAACAAUUUCAACUUCUUGGUAAAGAAAUUAAACCUAAACGCAAGCAACAUACAUUUCGAAUGUGUCCUUUUGCAAAGUCCCCAACUGUAAAAAUUCCUCCAACAACAGCAACUACUACUACUCCUCCACGUCUUCGAACUCUUUCCGAAUUUAUUCAAGAAGAAGCAUCGACUCUGUUUGGAGGAACACAUAUAUCAUCGAAAAAGUACGAAAAUAUAAAUGAUCAAAUUGAAGAAGCCAACGAAAUUAUACAAGAACGCUCAAAGCUUAAACCAGUAACACCAUCACCAUCGGCGCCACCAUUGCCGACAACGACUCCACUGGAUAGUAAACUACCGAGCAAAGAAGAUCAUUCGACAUUAAGCAAUAAUGAAAAUAAAACAAUUGAAGAAUAUUCGGAAAAAAAUGUCCAUGAUAUGCUAGAUUUAGAAAAUGAUCACAAUAGUUCUUAG